AUGAGGAAAGGAAUCACCUCUGGUGGCCAGCUGGAUUUGGGACACAAGAGUUCAGGUACAGAUACAGCGUUCGCAGUCAGCUUGCUAGAGGACCUACACCGGCUCCUCAAGUUCCGCUGCCUCCUCCUCCAAGCUGCUAGUAUUGAAAACCCAGGAGUCUGGGGUCGUUCACCAGGAGGAUUCUGCUCCAGUUUGUCCCCUUCUUGGUCCUACGAUACUGGAGGGCCAGAGAAAGCAAGCUUGAAACAGAGAGGAAUGGGUCACUUUGGUGGAGGAAAUUGGGCCACCAAGCAGCCCUAUGGAGAGGUCAAUGUGGAGAGAAACUGAGGCCUUCCACCAAAAGCCAGCACCAACUUGCCAUCCAUGUGUGUGAACCUGCUUGCAGUACAGAGUGGUCAACCCCAGUCAAGCUUGCAGAUAACUACAGCCCUAGCUGACAUCUUGACUACAGCUUCAAGAGCGGUAUCAAGGCAGAACUGCUUCGCUAAACUGCCCUUGAAUUCCUGACCCACAGAAACUGAGAGAGAGAAUAAAUGUUUAUUGUUGUUUCAAGUAACUA